GGUGUGUUAGCAAACCUCUGGCACCAUGUUGCUCAGUGUCGUGAUAAUCUCUGUCGCUUUGGUCAUUUUUAUAGUGAAAUAUGUCUUCGGCAGCUCGGGGCCAAACCCCUUUGAGACGGACACUCGUGAGCCGUUGAAAAAGAUGGUUCACGACAUGAAAGAGAAAAAUAAAGUUCUCAAGCAAGGAUUCGUGGCCAGUAAAGUACCUGAAAACCUGGAUGCCAUCGUCAUCGGCAGUGGGAUUGGUGGCCUUGGGCUUGCGGUGCUGCUAGCCAAAGUCGGAAAGAAAGUCCUGGUUCUGGAGCAACAUGACCGAGCUGGAGGAUGCUGCCACACGUUCACUGAGAAGGGCUUUGAGUUUGACGUUGGAAUCCACUACAUCGGUGACCUGCUGGACCACAAGCCGUUCCGCUGCAUGCUGGACCAAAUAACUAACGGACAGCUGCAGUGGGAGCCUCUGGAGAAUCCGUUUGACCAAGUAGUUCUGGGACCUCCAGAAAACCGCCGUCGGUAUCCCAUCUACAGCGGCAGAACCCGCUUCCCUGAGGAACUAAAGAAGUGCUUCCCUGGAGAGGAAAAGGCCAUCGAUGAGUACAUGAGGUUGGUCAAG